CGCGUGAGCUUACUGAGCUUUCGCGCAAAACAUUUUAUUUAUUUCAUUAUUUAUUUUGAAUUUAUGAAUGAAAUACGUCAUAAUAAUUGAGUUAUAACGUUAAAUAUUCGAUAUGGAUUCCGAAGAAAAUGGUUUAUGUUGUGGGUGCCUUAGUACGGGGCGAAAAAUGAUAUUACAAGUCGAGUAUUGGAAGAAACUUACGUUUUCACAAAUAAUCAAUGAAUUUACUUUAUCCCAUGGAGACAGUACUCCAGUAUGGUUGUGCUGGGAGUGUGACGCCAACCUACACCAGUUCACGAAGUUCAAGAACAAAGUCAAGACCUCCUAUGUGAUGUUCCUUGAUUUUGUUAAACAGAACUCUAAACUAUCACAGUUUCAACCUCGUCCUCGUCUGACACAGCAUGUUUUAUACAACUUUGACCUGUAUAAUACAGAUCAUAAACCAUUCCAAAUUAUACCUACGCACAACUCGGAAAUGCCCAUAAAAGAAGAAUUGUCUGACAUAGUAGAAGAUAAUAAUUCAGAUGAUGAAAAACUAAUCGUUUAUAAAACGUAUAAUAAACAAAAGAAUGUGAAAUUAAAGAGGAAAAGGAGAAAGAGAAAUGUAGAUAGAGAUAGAGAUGUAGAGUUGUUUAAAGAAGUUGAGUUGAGUGCAGAAGAGUUGUUAGAAGAAAGAAGAGUCUUGUUGUUAAGGGAAGAGUAUGUUAAUGCGAUGUUUAAGUGUGAAAAAUGUAUUCUGUCUUUCCCUAACGCGGAGGAUUUGAAAGAUCAUUUGUAUGUUAAGCAUGAAUUGAACAAAUCUAAUUACAAAUGCGAUGUAUGCGAAUGUUCGUUCGCGUCCGAGGUAUCGUACAACUAUCAUACGAACAAACACAUCCGUCGAUAUGAGUGUAGCGUGUGUAUGGAGCGCUGUGUCAGCAAGCGAGCUGUGGCCAAACACUACGAGAGCACGCAUUGUCAUGGACCAUCUAUAGACAUAGAUGUACGAAAUAACCACAUAGAAUUAGUUACACAGGAUCACAGAACAGUAGUAGACACACCAAAUGAACAAAAUGGACUCCCGAAAGACACUGCAGAAGGCAUUGAUGAUAGUACAAACACGCCUAUACUAUUUGCGUGUGAUUCAUGCAGCAAAUCUUUCAAGUGGAAGGCGUCGCUACGUAAACACAUGGAGAUACAUCGGAUUGAGACUGGACAGAAACGGAAACCGUACUGCGAACCGUGCAAGUUAUCAUUUACGAACACAGCGAAUUUACAGAAACACGUGAGAACGAGUAGUAAUCACCAAAUACAAUUGAAACUUAGAAAAUUAACAGAAGUCCUACCAGACUCGAGUAAUCCAGAGAAGCGUCAACAACACAUAGACCAACAUAUAGAGCAGAUAAAGUGUUCAGUGAAGAAGUCCAGGCAACAGUACCCGUGUCCGCAAUGUGAUAAGAAGUUCCAGUGGCGAGGGAACCUGCUUCGACAUGUUCACAGUCAUGUAGCUAG